AUGGGGAGACCUGUAAAAUAUCUAUUAAUUGAUGAGAUGAGUAUGGUUGGUUUAACUUUAUUGGGAAAACUUAAUCGAAUUAUUUGCUCUGCAAAACAUGUCGAUCCUCAGGUUCCAUUUGGUGGUGUAAACGUUAUUUUCUUUGGCGAUUAUUUACAAUAUCGACCAGUCUAUGAUUCACCAUUACACACCGACUUUUCAUUACCAUCCAAAAAGAAACCAGGGAAAAUACCAUCUGAAAAAGAAGUUCAACAGCGUGUUGCACGUUCUUUGAUUCUUCAAAUCAAUUGCGUGGUGAAACUUACACAAAAAAUGCGAACAGAAGAUUUACGAUAUCUUCAAUUACUCGAUCGUCUUCGCCAUGGACAGUGCACUUAUGAUGACUAUGAGCUAUUGCAAACACGAGUUGUUGAGUAA